AUGCGUAUCAAUAUCUAUCUAUCUAUCUAUCUAUCUAUCUAUCUAUCUAUCUAUCUCAAUCUUUCUCUCUCCCUCUUCCUUAUCUAUCUAUCUAUCUAUCUAUCUAUCUAUCUAUCUAUCUAUCUAGUUGAGUCCGUUUGUGUCUAUCUCGCUAGCUAUGUUCAUAUCUAUCUGUGUAGAAAUAAUUAUCUAUCUAUCUAUCUAUCUAUCUAUCUAUCUAUCUAUCUAUCUAUCUAUCUAUCUAUCUAUCUAUUUCAGUCCUUUCAUAUCUAUCUAUCUAUCUAUCUAUCUAUCUAUCUAUCUAUCUAUUUAUCUAUGCCUGUUAAUAUCUUUCUAUCACUUCCUGUUAAUAUCUAUCUAUCUAUCUAUCUAUCUCAAUCGUCUCAUAUCUAUCUAUCUAUCUAUCUAUCUAUCUAUCUAUCUAUCUAUCUAUGUCUAUCUAUCUAUCUAUCUAUCUAUCUAUCUAUCUAUCUAUCUAUCUAUCUAUCUAUCUAUGCCUAUCUAUAUCUUUCUAUCACUAUGUUAAUAUCUAUCUAUCUAUCUAUCUAUCUAUCUAUCUAUCUAUCUAUGCCUGUUAAUAUCUUUCUAUCACUUCCUGUUAAUAUCUAUCUAUCUAUCUAUCUAUCUAUCUAUCUAUCUAUCUAUCUAUCUAUCUAUCUAUCUCAGUCGUUUCAUAUCUAUCUAUCUAUCUAUCUAUCUAUCUAUCUAUCUAUCUAUCUAUCUAUGCCUGUUAAUUUCUUUCUAUCACUUCCUGUUAAUAUCUAUCUAUCUAUCUAUCUAUCUAUCUAUCUAUCUAUCUAUCUAUCUCCCCUCACCAAGAAAAGUUGUCUUUUGACUUUAUCUUUGAACCCGUCUCAUAUUUUCUUUGAAAUCUUAUUUAACAACUCCUCCUCAUUCUUUCUUCUUCUUCUUCUUCUUCUUCUUCUUCUUCUUCUUCUUCUUCUUCUUCUUCUGUGUUUACUUUUCGUCGUAUUUUCCUUCUUCUACUGCGUAUUCUUUUUUUUUUCUUUUUCGUCUUUGUCUAUUUCUUCUCUUUUUUCUUUUUCUUCUUCUAUGCUGUUCUUUUCUUCUUCUUCUUUGGCGCUUUCUUCUUCUUCUUCUUCAUUUUCAUAUGCGCUUCAUUUUACUUUUUCUUCGUCUUUUUCUUCUUCAUCUCCGUUUUCUUUUUCUUUCUCUUUCUCUUUUUCAUCUGCAUUCAUUCUCUUCUUCUUAUUCUUCUUCUUCUUGUGUGUUUACUUUUCGUCCUAUAUUCUUUCUACUGCACUUUCUUUUUUUUUCGUCUUUUUCUUCUCUGUUUUCUUUUUCUUCUUCUAUGCUUUUCUUUUCUUCUACUUCUUCGUCUUUUUCUUCUUCUGGGCUUUCAUUUUCUUCUUCUUUUUCUUCUUCUUCGUGUUUUUAAUAUUCUUCGGCGCUUGCCUUUUCUUUUUCUUCAUUAUUUUUCUUCUUCUGUGCUUUCUUUUUCUUUUUCUUCACUAUUUUUCUUCUUCUCCUGCUCUUUCUUUCUUCUUCUUCUGCAUUUUCUUUUUCUACGUCUUUGUCUUUUUCUUCUUCUUCGUGUUUUCCUCUUUUUCCGCACGUUCCUUUUCUUUUCCGCUUUUUUCUUCGUCUUUUUCUUCUUUUGAGUUUUCGUUUUUUUUCCUUCUUCAUCUUUUACUUCUUCUGCGCUCUCAAUAUCUUCUCCUUUUUCUUCGUCUUUUUCAUCAUCUCAUGCGCUUCCCUUAUCUUCUAUAUCUUAUUCUUCUUCAUUUACGAUUUCUUUUUCUUCUUCCUCGUCUUUUUCUUCUUCUUUUGCGGUUUCUUCUUCUUCUUCUUCUUCUUCUUCUUCUUCUUCUUCUUCUUCUUCUUCAUCUGCGCUUCCUUUUACUUUUUUUUCGUCUUUUUCUUCUUCUUCUUCUUCUCCGUUUUCUUUUUUCUCUUUGUCUUUUUCGUCUACUUUCAUUCUCUUCUUCUUCUUCUUUUUCUUCUUCUUCUUCUUCUUCUUUAACCUUUAUUCAUUCUGAUAUUUCCUAUCGCAUAUUUGAACUCACUUUGGGCCAAAGAGAUUUUCUAUUUCUGAAGGUAUUUAUUCAUAUCUAUCUAUCUAUCUAUCUAUCUAUCUAUCUUUAUAUAAUAUUUUAA